AUGUCAUCACAGGCUCUGCGCGCAUCUCGUGAGAGCGCUGACGAUGUAGCGGCUGGCUUUUAUGCAUUCCGCACUCCUCUUCCAGAGGACGUAGGCGAGAUCACAUCGCUCAUGUCCGAGUUAUACGCAAUCAGCGCAUUGUUGUCUAGCUUGGAACGUGUAGCUGAUGAUCCCCGGCAUCGCCGUUGUUUCAAUAUGAUCAAGCCCGAUUUGCAUGCGGUGUUAGCCAGUUACACCUAUACAAUCGAGGACAUCGGCGAUAUUUUCAGAGAUCUCGAUGGCCCAGAUGCUAGUCCAGCGACAUACAAGCGCACAUGGCUACGAAUGGGCCGGUUCUUUUGGGAUCAGUCGAGAUAUACCCUGGCAACCCGCAUAUCCAAGUAUAAGAUGGUCUUUAAAGAGUUCAACGACUUGGUAAAAGAUGGCCAAUACACUUCCCCGUUCCUUGCGGGCCUCGUCAAUGGUUUCAAGACCCUGCUCACAGCACAGGAUAGCCGGUUUGCUGCUCGCUUUGAAGGCAUGACACUCCGCCCAAAUGAUUCACCUAUCGAUAACCGCGUGACUCCCCGUCCCCCUCCACGUGCUCCUACCCCGGUGAGGGAUCAUCCCGUAAGAGAACGCCCAGCGAGGGACUAUCCAGCGAGAGCCAACCCGGUGAGGGACCAUCCAGCCAGAGACCAUCCAGCAAGGGACCAUCCGGUGAGAGAUUAUCCAGUUAGAGACCACCCGUUGAGAGACCGCCCGGUAAGGAACAACCCGGCGGCUGACCGGAAUGCACGGCGGCGGAGAUCAUACGAGCGCACUCGACCACCGCAUCUGUCUCCACCGAUGUCACCUUCUUCCGGCACUUCUUCGGAUUUUCCCCCGUCUGUACCGGAUGUUCCUACAUCGCCGCAUACUUCUACUACUAGCCGCUCGACUGCCCCUGACGUUAUCAAAGAACAUUGGGUGAAGGAAACAUUCGGGUCUACUGGCACCAGCACUCCUCUACCAUCUGUGAGAGAAAAGUCAUGCUGCUGCGCAGACCCUCAGGCCGGCGUUAAACAAUGGAUUAAAGAGGAGGGCUUCGAGGAGCUCCUUCAAUUAUCUCUGAAUGAUGAGUCUGAUAUGCGCGUAUCCUUCUACCUAAGGAGAAGAGACCACCGAGUGCGCAUCCUUUGCAGGGAGCCACACCGGACGAGGCCUAGUGACUAUUACUGCUUGCCGCUUAAUCUACUCGAGGUUUUGCGAGAUGGGUCUUGCCUCCGACUGUGCAGGCGACGGAAGCGUGGUACAGAGCUUAUUUUAUGGACGCAAUUGAAGUUCACCACAUUGGAAGAUCUGGUGCUAUUCCAUAACACAUUCCUUGCCUUGCGCUCCCAGGAUGCAGGCACCCCCAUUGGAGAGAUUUUAGACCACGAGCUGGAACACGAAGAGGAAGUCUUUGGGGGUACAAUCCACGAUGAUGAGUACAUCCACGCGCUGCGCGUAUACAGAGACUCUGAGACUGGAGGUGUAAGACUCCAGGCGUCAGUCUACCUAGGCGAGAUGAACCACACUCCCGUCUGGACUGCUUUCGUCACCCACAACCUCGGGAAACGCAGUUGGCUUAAGUCAUAUGAUUCCAGGACUGUGAUUGUGCGUGAUAUCAAACCCGUGAUAUUUAUGUCUAUGGAUGAUUAUACACCCCCGCAGACACCACAGGGACAUCAUGUCCUAGAGUUCACAAGCUCUUCUGAUGCCAGUUCGUUCCUGGAUAUCAUGGAUGAACUGGGCGAUUGA